AUGACAACCAAAGAGACCAAAUCCAUUAAAAUAAUUUUACUUGGUGAGUCUGGAGUAGGUAAGACUGCACUAACACAGCGAUAUAUGGAGAAUACAUUUGACCAAUUAUACUUAAGUACAAUAGGUGUAGAUUUUAGUUAUAAAGAGAUCACACGAAAUGGUAUUAACUUACGAGUAUGUGUAUGGGAUACUGCUGGCCAAGAGCGCUUCCGUUCAAUAGGUAAAAGUUAUUACAAAGGAGCUGAUGGGGCUGUUGUAGUUUUUGAUGUGAACAACCCCGACUCUUUUCGACGAGCUCAAUAUUGGAUUGAUGAGCUUCAAACGGAAGACGCUGGUCAAUGCACACUUCUUGUAGGCAACAAAAUUGAUUUAGAAAAGCGAGUGAAUGACGAACAAGUCUAUCAAAUGUAUCCCGGCAAAUUGUAUAUCAAGACAUCCGCCAAGACAAGUUUUAACAUCGAUCUAGUCUUCUCGAAGUUCCUCGACUUAUAUUUCCAAAAUACGACACAUGAGUGUUCCACCCCGCCUUCUGUUGUAUCACCGACGCUUGAUGUCCACCCGCCUCUUCUUUUACACAAAGGACAACACCUGUGCACUUGUUAA